AGGAAACCAUUUUCUCUUGUUGGUUGACCGUUUUAGCGGAUAUCCAUUUGUGGAUUACCUGUGUGUCCACACAGCUUAGCUUCAAAUGAGCCACCUUCCUCUUUGCCCAGUCCAGAGUCCAGACCAAAAACUCGUUAUUCGUUAGUUCUUGACUAAAAAGCUGAUAUUUUUGUGGCUUACAGUAUGUGCUUCACAGCUUAUCCCCUUGAUCCCUUCAAAGGGGAUAAGGGGGAUAAGUCACGAAAAUAUUUGCUAUUUUCCACAUUAUUGAGUGAGUGCUUUAGCCCAAAACGCAGUCUGUAAUAAGAUCAGAAUUGUAGCCUAUCGGUCAUCCUUAAAGUUGACAUCAGCCGCAGAGCACAUCUUGAAGCAAUAUGUCCAACGGAGCUUUCUUGAACAAAUGGAGGGAGCAAUUGGAGUUGGAAAAAAACAUGAAGAUGCAGAAUGUUGAAGCUUCAUUUGCCGCCGAGCUAACCAAAAGCCCAAUUAACAAGGAGAGACUCCAUCAAGACUUGCAAAUUGCCCUGACGAAAAUAGAGGACGAAACUCGAAAAGCCCUGGAACUCUUCAGCCAAGUUGAGGCCAUUGCCGCAGAAUGGAAUGAAAAGGAAGAAAUUGCGGCCGCCAAUGCCAAGAUUGUUGCCGCCAACGCCAACAAGGAGGCCAUUCUUAAAGAGACGGAAUCCCGUGCCAAUAUAAAAGCAAGAGAGGUGUUAUAUGGGUUUCGCAACCUUGAAGUGGCCAUCACGGACGACAAUGCUGUUGCUGGUGGUUGACCACUCUGAGGAGGCAAAACCCAAAACGGCCAGUCGAGAUGAUCCAAAAACAUUUGCCAUAAAGCCCUCUACUGUUCAUGUAAUAAAUUGCGUCAGCCUUAAACCUUGCUCACCGUUAGACUAGGGCAUUGGAAGAGAAUCACCUGUCCGGAUUGUUCGUUUCAAAGUUAUGGGGUCAAAAUCAUAUGUAGCUGUCCAAGAGCAGGCCGAAACCUCAAAUUU